UCAAUGCUUAGUUGUCAGUUCUCAGUUAUCAUUUACUUUCUGUUGAUUGUUGUGUUCAUUUUUGUUGUAAAUUAUUAUAAACAUUUAAAUAUUUCAUUCAACUCAAUGCAUUUAAACGCAGAUAUAUCUAGUGCUCUUCAGUUAUUAGAAGAUAUUAAACAAACAGUAGAAGAUUUAGAUGACCUCAAACUUCAAGCAAACACAAACCAAGAUCUCAAUUUAUUAAUUUCAGUAUUAGAGAAUCCAAUAUUUAGAAGUAUAGUGACAGUUCAAGACUCCCUAAGCGAGUUAAAUCAACAGUUGGGACAGCAUCCCUCCAUAUUGCCCGUCGAUUUCGAUAUAACUCCAUCAGGCGAAUUAGCCAUAAACGUUCCUCCGGGUGGUGAACUGUAUGAUCCCGGUUAUGGGGAGGAUUUCCAUCACUCGCAAGAUUUUGACGAGCAAAGGGUGCCGUCAGCACCGGUUUCUCCCAGUUCACCUCAAGUGCACAACUUCAAUGUCUCGGACGAUAAAAUACUUUUAGUGGACGGAAAACAAUUAGAUCCUAACAUAUCACAUCAAGAGGCAUUGCGUAUUUUACAAAAAGCUCAAGGUUUGACGAUCGUUCCAAGGACAGAUGAAGAAAAUGUCCAUAGAUCUCCAUCUGCCGUUAGCGAUUCCUCUAAGGCAGGCUCGGAUAUGUUGCUAAGUACGGAAUGGGCUCAGGUGGAGGGUAUUGAUUUAGUGAAUGACGGUACCGGGCUUGGUUUUGGCAUAGUUGGUGUCCGAACGAUGGGAGUCGUGGUAAAGACUAUUUUACCUGGGGGAGUUGCUGACCGUGAUGGUAGAUUGCAAAGUGGAGAUCAUAUUUUACAGAUUGGUGAAGUGAAUCUGCAUGAAAUGGGAUCGGAACAAGUGGCAACAGUACUAAGACAAUCAGGAACGCACGUUCGACUCGUUGUCGCAAGACCUGCCGAUCUCUCCAUUUCUUCCACAGAUUAUAAAUAUUUGAGUAGUUCCGCCCCAUUAGUACCGACUCGACUACUAACUGAUCCAGUGGAACUAGACCGGUAUCUUCUGCAACACAAAUAUGCGCCGAUAUUUCACCAGAAUAGCUCUGAUUUUGAUCCGCUGGUAUUUGAUCAAUCCAAGGCGGUGUCGGGACUGAAUCAUUUACCUCUGUCGCCGUCGUUAAAUCAGUUAAACAUCGAUGUGGGUGUGAAAAUCCCCGAAAUGGAAAAGUUUACUGUCGAAUUAAAGAAAGAUCACAAUGGCCUCGGUAUAACCAUCGCCGGUUAUGUGUGCGAAAAGGAGGAAUUGUCGGGAAUAUUUGUAAAAAGUGUUAGUAGAAGUAGUGCGGCUGAUUUAAGUGGAAAAAUUCGAGUGAACGAUCGUAUAGUCGAGGUGGACGACCGCUCCUUACAGGGAUACACGAACCUGCAGGCGGUCGAGGUCUUACGUAGUAGUGGGAACGUAGUCAAGUUGUGCUUGGAGCGGUACUUACAUGGGCCGAAAUUUGAGCAGUUGCAGCAAGCAAUUGCAGCUAGCGAGCUUAAACCGGCGAUUACGUCCAGCCCUCCAAGAGUACCACGAUUUCCAUUGACAGAAGAAGGGGACUACACAGACGAUAUGGUAGACGAAGAACCUGUGGAAACAAAAAACGAUCACCUCGGAUAUUUGAAGCAAAAGCAAUUAGAAAUAACCGAAUUAACGGUCGCCAUCGAAGAGGCAAUUAAGGCGAAGUGGUUAAAAAUAAUGGGGGCCGAUACCGAUAUCGUUAUCGCUCAGCUCACCAAGUAUGGUGAACGAGGGGGGCUCGGAAUCAGUUUGGAGGGUACAGUUGACGUUGAGGAUGGACAGGAGGUUCGCCCUCAUCAUUACAUUCGGUCUAUAUUACCAGAAGGGCCUGUAGGAAGGAACGGUAAGCUUAGAUCUGGAGAUGAGCUGCUCGAGGUUAAUGGUCAUAGACUUCUGGGGAUGAAUCAUCACGAAGUCGUUAGUAUUUUAAAGGAAUUGCCAAUUAAUGUUCGAAUGGUGUGUGGUCGAAGUUUGUCUAAUUCCACCGCUUACCGUGUGUCUCAAGAGUCCCCAUUUUCGCAACGAGGGGCUUUAGGUGGCAGUCUUCAAAAUUUGUUACCCGCAUCUGAUAGACUAGUUAAAGCAAAAUCUGACGGUUCCCUCACUACCAGUGUGGCCUCGGUCGUCGCACCAGAUAAUAUGUUUAACAAAAUGAAAUCGAGAUCCUUGGAACCUUUGACCGGUUUAGCCAUGUGGAGCUCCGAACCGCAAAUAAUAGAGUUGGUUAAAGGAGAGAGAGGUUUAGGUUUCUCGAUAUUGGAUUACCAAGAUCCAAUAGAUCCAAAUGAUACAGUCAUUGUGAUUCGAAGUUUAGUACCUGGGGGUGUCGCACAAAUGGAUGGACGAUUGAUCCCUGGCGAUCGUUUGUUAUUCGUUAAUGAUACAGUAUUAGAAAAUGCGUCAUUGGAUCAUGCCGUGCAGGCAUUGAAAGGAGCACCUAAAGGCAUCGUGCGAAUAGGUGUUGCCAAACCACUUCCAAUACCUGACACUGUUGCGCAUAAUGUACAACAACUGGGUCUCGAGCAAAGUCGCUUAAAUACAACCAGCAUUCAGUCAUCUUAGAUUGUUUUAGAUAGUCCUUAUUUGUUGUAUACAGUUUUUAGUCAAUACCUUAUUAUUAUGGUAAUGUAGUCUUCAAAGAAUAUGUUGUUAUAUAUCAGAUACACCUUUAUGUUAGACAGGUAGGGCAGUAUUAUAUUGAUAUGAUUAACAGAACAUGUGUAGCUGUAUUUAUUCUUUGUUAAUUCACAUGUAACUGUUGUUGAAUACUUAUGAAUGGCUGUAAAAUUAUUCUUAAAACACUAAUGUACAUUCCAUUAUGUAAAGACUGCCAAUAAGCCCUAGUAUUUAAUGAAACAAAAUGGGUGGAAUGUCUUAUAUUUAUAAACGGAAUAUAGAACAAUAACUAUUA